UUAGUCCGACGGUUGUUGUUUGGUAUACGUUGUAGUUCGAUACUGGCAAAUGGAGAGUGGCACUCCCUAAAAAGUUCUUCGCAAAAAUACCAAUCCCGCCAAUUCCCCUCAACUUUUUCCCUCCACUUUCCCAACUCUUUUUCCAUUUUCCAGGAAAGAAAAUCUCCAACCCUAACUUCUAGCCCUCUGGAAAACCCUACCCUCCGCUCUUCCUGUAAACAGUACUAUUUUAUCAAAGAUUAUGCCCUAAUUUCGGCUUUGCCGCAUAAACCCUAGUAAGUUACCUUGUGUAGUUUUUUUUUUUUUUUUUUUUUCGUUUGGUUUUUAAUUUCAGCCAUGCCGUCCAUUAUCUCUGCGGGGAAAAUCCUCCGCUUGGAGCUGGAGAACUUCAAGUCCUACAAGGGUCUUCAAAUUAUUGGUCCAUUCUACGACUUCACUGCGAUAAUUGGGCCCAAUGGUGCCGGGAAAUCCAACCUCAUGGAUGCAAUUAGCUUCGUUCUUGGAGUACGGACGGGUCAGCUCCGUGGGGCUCAGUUGAAGGACCUGAUUUACGCUUUUGACGAUAAGGAGAAGGAGCAGAAGGGCAGAAGAGCCUUCGUUCGCUUGGUUUACCAGCUUAGUAACGGGUCGGAGCUCCACUUCACUAGAACGAUUACGAGCUCCGGUGGGAGUGAGUACCGGAUUGAUGGCACUCCCGUGUCGUGGGAUGAGUAUAAUUCAAGGUUGAGAUCUCUGGGAAUUCUCGUAAAGGCCCGGAAUUUCCUCGUUUUUCAGGGUGAUGUGGAGUCCAUUGCAUCUAAAAAUCCCAAGGAACUUACUACACUCCUUGAGCAGAUCUCUGGGUCUGAUGAGUACAAGAGAGACUAUGAGAAAUACGAAGAAGAGAAAAAAAGAGCUGAAGAAAAAUCAGCACAUGUUUACCAGAAAAAGAGAACAAUAGUGAUGGAUAGGAAACAAAAGAAAGAGCAAAAGGAAGAAGCAGAGAAACAUCUCCGUCUGCAAGAUCAAUUGAAAUCUUUGAAGAGAGAGUAUUAUUUAUGGCAACUGUUCAACAUAGAAAAGGAUAUUACGAAGACGACAGAGGACCUUGAUGAUGAAAAGAAAAAUCGUGAAGAGGUUAUGGAAAAACUAGAGGGUUUUGAGCAUGAGGCAAGUAAGAAGAAGAAAGAACAAGCCAAGUAUUUAAAAGAGAUCACACAAUGUGAAAAAAAGAUCGCUGAGAGAAAUAACAAACUUGACAAGCAUCAACCCGAACUUCUGAAAUUGAAAGAAGAAAUGUCUCGCAUAAAUUCGAAAAUAAAGAAAAAUAAGAAAGAACUUGAUAGAAAAAGAGAAGAUAGAAGGAAACAUGCUGCUGAGAUAUUGGCGCUUCAGAAGAGCAUACAGGAUCUGACUGGAAAACUAGAUGAUUUAAAUGAAAAGGGCCGAGAAAGUGGUGAAAAACUCAAGUUAGACGACAAAGAAUUGAGGGAAUAUUUUCGAAUUAAGGAGGAUGCUGGGAUGAAAACUGCAAAGCUAAGAGAUGAGAAAGAAGUAUUGGAUAGGCAACAGCAUGCUGAUAUUGAAGCUCAAAAGAAUUUGGAAGAAAAUCUACAGCAGUUGAGAAGUCGGGAGCAUGAACUUGAUUCACAGGAGCAACAAAUGCGAACAAGGUUGAAAAAAAUUCUUGAUACUUCUACAAAAAAUAAGGAUGACCUUGCAGAUCAGAAAAAGGAACUGCGAGCAAUGCAAGACAGUCACCGUGAUGCCAGAUAUAAGUAUGAAAAUCUAAAGUCAAAAAUCAGUGAAGUAGAAAACCAAUUGCGUGAAUUUAAGGCUGAUAGAUAUGAGAAUGAAAGGGAUGCUAGGCUCUCUCAGGCAGUUGAGACUCUUAAACGCCUAUUUAGCGGUGUCCAUGGUCGCAUUACUGAGCUUUGUCGGCCAACACAAAAGAAGUAUAACCUAGCUGUUACUGUUGCUAUGGGUAGAUUUAUGGAUGCAGUUGUGGUUGAGGAUGAACAAACUGGAAAAGAGUGCAUCAAGUACUUGAAGGAACAAAGGCUUCCUCCUCAGACAUUUAUACCUCUUCAGUCCAUUCGCAUAAAGCCAAUUAUUGAGAGAUUGCGCACCUUAGGUGGUACAGCCAAGCUGGUCUUUGAUGUAAUCCAAUUUGAUCAUGUCUUGGAGAAGGCAAUUCUUUAUGCUGUUGGGAAUACUCUUGUUUGUGAUGACCUUGAUGAGGCUAAGGCUCUAAGCUGGAGUGGUGAGAGGUUUAAAGUUGUGACCGUUGACGGGAUUCUGCUUACAAAAUCUGGCACAAUGACUGGUGGUACUAGUGGUGGAAUGGAAGCUAGAUCGAAACAGUGGGAUGAUAAAAAAAUUGAAGGGCUGAAGAAAAAAAAAGAACAGUUUGAGUCAGAGUUGGAAGAGCUUGGGUCGAUUAGAGAGAUGCAGCUAAAAGAAUCUGAAGCAUCUGGGCGAAUUAGUGGACUUGAAAAGAAGAUUCAAUAUGCAGAGAUAGAGAAGAAAAGCAUCGAGGACAAACUUGCAAACUUGAAGAAGGAAAAACGGAAUAUUAAAGAAGAAAUUGAUCGUAUUAGUCCUGAAUUUCACAAGUUAAAAGAUGCUGUUGAGAAGCGGAGCAAAGAAAUUGAGAAACUGGAGAAAAGAAUCAAUGAAAUAGUUGACCGAAUGUACAGAAACUUCAGUAAAUCUGUUGGGGUGGCAAAUAUCCGUGAAUAUGAAGAGAAACAACUCAAGGAUGCUCAGAAUAUGGCCGAUGAGAGGCUUAGCUUUAGUAGCCAGCUCUCAAAGUUUAAAUACCAGUUAGAGUAUGAACAAAAUCGGGACAUGGAAUCGCGAAUCAAGGAGCUUGAAUCUUCUUUAAGUGCAUUGGAAAAUAAUUUAAAAGAGGUUCAAAAGAGAGAGGCUGAAGCCAAGUUAGCCGCUGAAAAAGCUAUCGGUGAGAUCAAGCGGUGGAAUGAUGAAGUACAAGAAUGGAAAUCCAAGUCAGAGGAGUGUGAGAAAGAAAUGCAAGAUUGGAAGAAGCAGGCUUCUACAGCUACAACAAGCAUUUCGAAACUCAAUCGUCAGAUAAAUUCUAAGGAGACACAGAUAGAGCAGCUAAUGUCACGGAAGCAGGAAAUAAUUGAGAAAUGUGAAUUAGAACAAAUAAGCCUUCCCACUAUCUCAGACCCCAUGGAAACUGAUUCAUCGACACCAGGCCCAGUUUUUGACUUUAGCCAGUUAAAUAGAACUUAUUUGCAAGAUAAGAGGCCCUCUGAUCGUGAAAAGCUUGAGAUGGAAUUUAAGCAAAAAAUGGAUGCCCUGAUAUCAGAGAUUGAGAGAACAGCUCCAAAUUUGAAAGCCCUGGAUCAGUAUGAAGCUCUAAAGGAAAAGGAAAGAGCUAUAACUGAAGAGUUUGAAGCAGCCAGGAAAGAAGAGAAGGAAAUAGCAGAUCUGUUUAACUCAGUUAAGCAGAGGAGGUAUGAGUUGUUUACGGACGCUUUUAAUCACAUUUCUAAUAACAUUGAUAAAAUAUACAAGCAACUCACAAAGAGCAACACGCAUCCGCUGGGUGGAACAGCAUAUUUGAAUUUGGAAAAUGAUGAGGAUCCAUUUUUACAUGGCAUCAAGUAUACUGCCAUGCCCCCAACAAAGCGCUUUCGUGAUAUGGAACAGUUAUCAGGUGGAGAGAAAACAGUUGCAGCACUUGCAUUAUUGUUUGCCAUCCACAGUUAUAGGCCUUCACCAUUUUUCAUAUUGGAUGAAGUUGAUGCUGCUCUAGAUAACUUAAAUGUUGCAAAGGUUGCCGGAUUCAUCCGUUCGAAGUCAUGCGAAGGAGCUAGGGGAAACCCGGAUGCUGAUGGGGGCAAUGGUUUUCAGAGCAUCGUGAUCUCUCUAAAAGAUAGCUUUUAUGACAAGGCUGAAGCUUUGGUUGGCGUUUACAGGGACUCUGAGAGGAGCUGCUCAAGAACUCUGACAUUUGACCUGACCAAGUAUCGGGAAUCAUAUUAGUUUAAUCAUCGGGGGUGGUACCGGUUUUAUUAUUAAUGUAAAUUACUUAGUCGGAUGCGAUCCAAAGUUCUGUACAUAUAGAUUACAUGUGGCGUACAAAUUGCUUUGCUUGUUUUCCUUUCUUUCAUGUAGUUCUUUGUCAAAAAAGUACUCUGAUUGGUAAAAUUUCAGGUGGUUCAUGUC